AUGAUUCCUGUGUCGCUGGUGGUUUUGGUGGUAGGAGGCUGGACUGUGGUCUACUUAACCGAUUUGAUGCUGAAGUCAUCUGUCUAUUUUAAGCAUUCUUAUGAAGACUGGCUGGAAAACAAUGGAUUAAACAUCUCCCCUUUUCACAUAAGAUGGCAAACAGCUGUUUUCAAGCGUGCCUUUUACAGUUGGGGACGGCGAAAAGCAAGAAUGCUUUACCAGUGGUUCAACUUUGGAAUGGUGUUUGGAGUAAUUGCCAUGUUUAGUUCUUUUUUCCUCCUUGGAAAAACACUGAUGCAGACUUUGGCACAAAUGAUGGCUGACUCUCCCACUUCUUCUUCCUCACUCUCUUCUUCUUCCUUCUCCUCCCCCUCCUCCUCCUCUUCUUCUUUAUCUUCUUCCUCUUCUUCAGUUCACAAUGAGCAAGUGCUACAAGUUGUGGUUCCUGGUAUAAAUUUGCCUGUCAACCAGCUGACCUAUUUCUUUGCUGCAGUCCUCAUUAGUGGGGUUGUACAUGAAAUUGGACAUGGGAAAGCAGCCAUUAGGGAGCAAGUUCGAUUUAAUGGCUUUGGGAUUUUUCUCUUCAUUAUUUAUCCUGGAGCAUUUGUUGAUCUAUUCACUACUCAUUUGCAACUUAUAUCACCAGUCCAGCAGCUAAGAAUAUUUUGUGCAGGUAUCUGGCAUAAUUUCAUCCUUGCACUCUUGGGUAUUUUAGCUCUUCUUCUACUCCCUGUAAUUCUCUUGCCAUUUUACUACACUGGAGUUGGCGUGCUUAUCACUGAAGUUUCUGAGGACUCACCUUCUAUUGGACCCAUAGGUCUUUUUGCAGGAGACCUUGUCACCCAUCUACAGGAUUGUCCUGUUAUGAAUGUGCAAGAUUGGAAUGAAUGUCUAGAUAGCAUCACCUAUGAGCCCCAAAUAGGCUACUGUAUAAGUGGCUCAACUUUACAGCAAUUAAGCUUUCCAGUUAGAGCACAUAAACGGCUAGAUGGUUCCACUGAAUGUUGUAACAACCACAGCCUCACAAAUGUGUGCUUUUCCUACAGAAAUAAUUUUAAUAAGCAUUUGCAUUCAUGUCUACCUGUCCGGAAAGCAGUUGAAGGCACCCACGAGUGUAGGACCAAUAAGGAUUGUAAAAAGGGUUCAAGUUUCCGCAUAGCGCUGUCUUUGGAAAUUCAUACUCACUUAAUAAAAGUGAAACAUCCACCUCAAAUUGAUACGUUGUACAUGGGACAUCCACUGCACCUUCACUACACAGGCUAUAUGAUGAUCUCUGUCACAUCUGCAACUCUGAUGUUGUCAAUGUGAAAGCAACCAUAGACAAUGUGUUUUAAAAAACUUAAUAUGACUGUAUUGCUGUAAAAUUUUACUUAGAAAA